CUUUCUGAUGGGAGCCGCCGCCCCCGAGGGAACCAACCACAUGGUGAUGCAAGAGACCCAGCAGGCGGGGGAACGCGACCCCCUGAUGGAGCAACAUAUCUCCCUGGGCUCCUCGGGGCUCCUGGCACUCCGGGACAACCACACGCAGGUUGGCGCAGUGUUGGAGGUCCAGUGCGUGCCCCUCUACACCAUCGUUCGAGCCCUGGGCAGGAGACACAUCGACUUCCUCUCCCUGGAUGUCGAGCACGCGGAGAUGGGCAUACUCGACACCAUACCCUGGGGCGAUGUGUCCUUCUCGGUAAUGGCAAUAGAACACAGCACACAGGAGGACCUAAUUGGCUACCUGGACGAGCGGGGGUACCAACACGUGGGGUCCAGGAUGGCCGACCACAUCUUCGUCAACAAGAAAGAUAUCGAACAGACGGACCCCUGAGAUAGAUAGAUAGAUGGAUAGAUAGUGUUAGUUAGUAAGUUAGAUGGAUACUUGAAUUGUUAGAUAGAUUUUUCGUCUCCUUAUUAAUUUGGUUGUAUAUUUGGUUGUUGUUUUAUUUCGUCUUCUUCCUCGGAGCGUGUUGAUUGUAUUGUUAAUGUUAUUCUUUGCGGUGAAGAUUAAGGUGAUUGUGAUUGUGGUGGAGGCGUAAUUAAGGUCAUUAGUGUGCGUUAUAUAGAAGACGGGAAGAAGGGUAUUAACCACGAGAAGAAGAAGGAAGAAGAGGAGGAGGAGGCGGAAGAAGAGGAGGAGGUGAGUACCAUGUAGAUAGAUUGAAAAUUAUUAUUAUUAUU